AUGGACGAUUCAGCCAAGGUCCUCUCUGAGGCCCUGAACGUGGUCAAGGUGCAACUGGUGCAGAUGAAACGAUGCCUUGACGCCGAUCAAGUCAUGGAUGCGCUCAAAAGCGCCUCCACCAUGCUUUCUGAGCUCAGAACAUCCUCCCUAUCGCCCAAGAACUACUACGAGCUCUACAUGGCCGUAUUUGAUGCGCUGCGACACCUAUCGAUCUACCUCUAUGACGCCCACUCCACCGGCAAGCACCACCUCGCCGACCUGUACGAGCUCGUGCAGUACUGCGGAAACAUCGUGCCCCGUCUCUACCUCAUGAUCACCGUAGGAAGCGUAUACAUGUCUAUACCCGACGCUCCUAUCAAGGAGAUCAUGAAGGACGUCAUGGAGAUGAGCCGUGGUGUCCAGCAUCCCACCCGAGGUCUCUUCCUCCGCCACUACCUUAGCGGCGCUACCCGUGACUAUCUCCCCGUCGGUCAGGACAUGGGUCCUGGCGGCAACCUACAGGACAGCAUCGGCUUUGUUCUCACCAAUUUCAUCGAGAUGAACAAGCUCUGGGUUCGACUGCAGCACCAGGGCCAUUCCCGAGAUCGCGAGAAGCGUGAGAUGGAGCGUAAGGAGCUUCGCAUCCUCGUCGGCACCAAUCUCGUCCGUCUCAGUCAACUCGAGGGUGUCGACCUCGAAAUGUACCAACGCACCAUUUUGCCGUCCAUCCUCGAGCAGGUCGUCAACUGCAAGGACGUCAUCGCCCAAGAGUACCUCAUGGAGGUCGUUAUCCAGGUCUUUCCCGAUGACUUCCAUCUGCGCACGCUCGGCCCGUUCCUGUCCGCCUGCGCUGCGCUGCAUCCCAAGGUCAACAUCAAGCAGAUCGUCAUUGCACUCAUCGAUCGUCUCGCCGCUUACGCCGCACGCGAAGCAGAGAACGACAGCCCGGAAGAGAUCAAAAGGCAAGAAGAGGAAGCGAGUCGACGUCUGGCUGAAAAGACCCGACAGAUGAGGAUGACCGGUCAAAGUGCUGGCCCCGGCUCCGUCUGGGACGAGGUGACUGCUCAGGGCGAUCCAAAGGCGAAAGCUGCCGAUAUCGCUGAGCCCGCAUCGCCCACCGCCGCCGAUCUCAGCACCAUGCCGCCACCUCCCUUGGAACAUAGUGGCUUCGGUAUGGCCUCCGCAGACAGAGAGUCUGCUGCCGCACCCAACGUGGCAACUCACAGCUCGGAGGAGCCGGUCUUCCGCAGCGUUCCUGAAGGGCUCGACGAGGACGCCUGGGGCUCGGCUGCUGGAGGCAGCGGUGCCGGUGGCGUUUCUGCUGCAGGCUCAAGCACGUGGGCAUCGCAAACCGACGAUAGCACAGAGGCGACCAGCGCGCAGCACACCACGGACACCGGCGCCACCUCGACCGAGGCUGGCGCCGCCACAGAUGAGCACAACGCCCGUGCGCAAGAGUUCCCCUCGGCUGGCUUUGGAUCAGGUGGCAACAACAACACCAACGGAGCGCAUGCCAACGGCGAUGCCGAAAAGACGGCUGCACAGGCACAAGCACCGGCACCUCGUCCUGCCGCAGCAUCCGAGAAGCCUGUCGGCAAAUUCAGGGGCAUUCCUGAAGAUGUGCGUCUGUUCGAGGUGUUCUGGGAGCAGAUUGUCCAGCUCAUCCGUGCGCGACCGGACCUUUCCAUCCAAGACAUCACCGCGUUGCUCGUCUCGCUCGCCAACCUCUCGCUCAGCUGCUACCCGGACAAGCUCGAGUACGUCGACCAGGUGCUUGCCUUCGCACGCGAGAAGGUGGUCGAAUUUGAGCAGAGCCCCGAUCUGCACAGUCCAGCGACGACGACCAACCUCAACUCUUUGCUCCUCUCGCCCAUCAACUCGUAUCUUACCGUGUUGACGCUGCUAGCCUUGCCUUCGUACCUCUCGCUACUAUCGGUGCAGCCGUACACGACGCGCAAAUCCAUCGCACAAGCUGUCGUCAUGUCGGUGCUGCGCAACGAGACGAUCAUGUCGACACCCGAGGAUGUGAGCGGUGUGCUCGAUCUUUGCAGUCCUAUUAUUCGCGACCACAAGGACGCCAUCAUGGGUGGGUUGCCCCAUGGCGGCAUGCACAUGGCAGGAGGUGCCGGUGGUCACGCGGGUUAUGGCGGUGCUUACGGCCACUAUGCCGGCGGCGACCCGAGGAUGGCCCAGGGGAUGUAUGGCGCCGGACCGCGGGGGAUGGGCCGAAAUCACAUGAUGCAGUACGACCUGGAGGAGAUGGCCGAGGAGCAGGGAUGGAUUGCUCGUAUGAUCCACCUCUUCCGUGCGGACGAGCUCGAGACGCAGUUCAGCCUGCUCCAAACGGCACGCAAGCAUUUCGUGGAUGGCGGCGAACGUAUCAAGUUCACCUUGCCACCGCUCAUCACCUCUGCGAUCAAGCUGGCGCGACGCUACAAGCUGCGCGAGAGGAAGGAGCCAAACUGGGAGACCAAGAUGCUCACUCUUUACAAGUUCAUCCACCAGGUCAUCUCGAUUCUGUACAACAAGGUCGAGUCAUCGGAUAUUUGUCUAAGGCUGUUCUUGCUCGCGGCCCAGUCGGCAGACGAAAGCGGUUUCGAGGAGCUCGCGUACGAGUUUUACGUUCAGGCGUUCACCAUCUACGAGGAGUCGAUUUCUGAGUCGCGCGCACAGCUGCAUGCUAUUGGGCUCAUCAUUAGCACGCUUCAGACGGCGAGGGUGUUUGGCACGGACAACUACGAUACUCUGAUCACCAAAGCGGCGCUCCACGGAGCCAAGCUGUUGAAGAAGCCGCAUCAGGCGGCUGCUGUCAUGAUGGCGAGUCACUUGUGGUGGCAGACCGAGGUGCCGGGUCAUCCUUCUGGGCUUGCAACUAGCUCGUCUUCGGCUACGGGUAACACGGCUGCCAACAGCAGCGUUGCUGGCAGUGCUAGCACGGGCAAUGGAGGCAACAACAGCGGCGCGGGCAAGGAGAGCAAGCCGAUUCUGCUCAAGGACGGGAAGCGCGUGCUUGAGUGCCUGCAGAAAUCGCUGCGCAUCGCCAACAGCUGUAUCGACGAGCGUAGUACCGUCGAGAUCUUCUGCUCUGCCUUGGACCAGUACCUCUACUACUUCGAGCAACAGGUGGAAGCGGUAGCUCCCAAGUAUAUCAACUCGCUCGUCGAGCUCAUUUCGAACGGGUUGGAUUCGGUCAUGACUGCCGAAGCGGACGGUGCACACGGAGCAGGAGGAGGAGCGGGAGGAGCACCGUCAGCAGCCGCCUCGCACCCAGCGAUUGUGGGCGGAGGAUUCCUCGAGCUCCCCACGACGCCGGACAGCUGUUUGCGACACUUCAGGUCGCAGCUGCAGUACAUCAAGACGCGCAAGGAGGCUGCCGCACUUGCAUUGGCCAAUGCAAACCCGCAAGCAGCGGCGGAGGGGGCAGGAUCGACGGCUGACUGGGGCGCUGUACAGAUCGGGCCGAGCUUGACCAAGUUUGGGUUGAAGUGA